AUGUCCGCCACGGAAAAGGAAAACGACCGCCCCCAACGCGAGAUGAAGGUGCUCGUCAUGGGUCUCCCUCGUACGGGGUCAGCCUCCCUUGCCGAGGCCCUCCGCAUCCUGGGAUACAAGGACGUGUACCACGGCGUGGACAUCAUGGACAAGCUGGACGAUCACCACUUUUUCAACCGAGCCGCCGACGCCUCCUUCCCCUGCCUUCCCAGCUACAACGGCGGCCCGCCCCUCACGCACGACCAGUGGGAGGAGCUGUACGGACCCUGCGAGGCGUCGACCGACAUGGCUGGCGCCUUUGGUGCGCUCAUGGUGCGCGCGUACCCGAAGGCCAAGGUUGUCCUGCCCAUCCGCGACUACGACGCCUGGGCGCGGAGCGUAGACGACACCGUCCUCCGCGGGCUGUGGAACCCGCUCAUCUCCACUGUCACUUGGAUCUUUGCCCCCCUGAUCGGGUCCGUGGCUGUCGUUGCCAUGCGCAAGGUCACCCUGGGCCUCUUCCGCGCGAGCGACGUCGACGGCGCCCGGCACAACCUGAGCGCCACGUAUGAGCGCCACCACCGGGAGCUGCGCGACGCCGUGCCGCCCGAUAAUCUGCUCGAGUAUAGAGUUGGGGAGGGCUGGCCGCGUCUCUGCGCGUUCCUGGACAAGCCUGUUCCCGACGUUGACUUUCCCUGGGUCAAUGAGGCGGCCGUUCUCAAGGCAAAGAUCAAGGUCAAGCUUAUGCACACUGCUAUCGAUGGACUGAAGGUUGCGACGCCGUGGGCUGUAGGUGCUGUUGUUCUUGGCGGUGCGGUGUUCUGGGCCAACUAUAUCGCUUGA